ACGGCGUCAAAGAGCAUCCCACCAACACCACCACCUCGGCGUCGCCAUCACCGUCACCGUCAAGCAAUCAAUCAAGCUGAAACACGUCCUAUACAUGAUAGGGAAAUAAGGACGACUCAAUACUUUUUUGUUCUAUCAAAGAGGGGAGUUGGGAUGGUGAACAACUAGGGAUAGAGAGCGCCCGCAGAACACCGUCAAGAUGCCCACCGAGAAGGAGCUCCAAAUCUCGCCCAUUGUGAACGAGUCUGUCGUCCACAACACAAAGACUCUCUCCAACCUUCAAUCCCUGACAGCCUCCCUCUUUGGCGUCGCCGCUGGCAUUCUCGGUCUCGAAUCCUACGAUGGUUUCCUCUUCUACAUCGUCUUCACCCUGUUGACUGCCCUACUAUUCUACUUCUUCCGCGUCGCCCCAGAGUCCAUCGCCGCUGGCAAGCCCGCCCUCGACACGAGCCGCUACUUCCGGGGCCCGCUAGAGCUGUGGACGAGCGGGCUGAUGGGGGGACUGGCUGGCUUCGUCUUAACUUGGACGCUCUUCUUUGGGCUGGUCAGGGCGUAGGAGCUGGUGACAACACUAUAUCAUAAGCACAGGGCUGCGGCUGUAAGGAACAACCCGCUGAGCGGGGGCGUUCU